AUGUUUGCAAACAAGGUUAAGGGCAUUUCACGUUUGACGCACGUUUGUCGAGCGCUCCAUUACAAUGCCGCGUUUGCUUUUGAUAUAGAUGGGGUAUUGCUGAGAACCAAGACCCCAAUUCCUGGUGCAUCGGAAGCUCUAAAGCUUUUACAGAAAGAGAAGAUUCCAUUCAUACUAUUGACCAAUGGUGGUGGUACGCUUGAAGAGCAGCGGGCUGCAUUCAUUUCGGAUACGCUUGGAGUACCAUUGUCACCCUUACAAAUCAUCCAAAGUCACACGCCUUUCAAGCAGUUGGUUCCGAAAUAUGAGAAAGUGCUUGCUGUGGGAUCUGCUACCGUUCGCGAAGUGGCAGAGACGUAUGGUUUCAAAAAUGUGGUGCAUCCGAUUGACAUAAUGCGCUAUGAUCGAAGUAUAGCUCCUUUCUCGAGUAUUUCAACGGAAAAGCUUGAAACCGUAUCUCGAGAAUUGCCAGAUCUUGCGACGCGGCCGUUCGACGCAGUGCUGGUGUUCAACGAUUCACGCGACUGGGGAGCCGAUAUCCAGAUCGUAUUGGACGUUUUGAAUAGCGAAGACGGAUAUUUGAACACGGUGCGCAGAACUCACAGCAGUAAACCUUCCGUUCCGAUUUAUUUCUCGAAUAACGACCUUUUGUGGGCCAACCAGUACAGUUUGAACCGGAUCGGCCAAGGUGCAUUCAGAAGUACUAUCGGUACGUUGUACUCGCGUUUGAACGAUGGACACAUGCUGGAGGACGUCGGUAUCGGGAAACCCACCAAACUAACUUACGAUUUCGCUCACCACGUACUUAUCGACUGGCAAAAAAAAUUGGACGAGGGCAACACCAGGGAAAAGAAACCCGGGCCGCUACCGCAACUCGGCGUUUCUCCAGCCAGCUCUCCGUUUGACAAAGUGUUCAUGGUGGGAGACAACCCAGCCAGCGAUAUCAUCGGCGCCCACGGCUACGGAUGGAACAGCUGCCUGGUUCGCACGGGUGUGUACCAGGACGGCGACAAACUGCCUUGCAAACCCACGUUGAUCGCCGACAACGUCCUGGACGCGAUCGAAGCCGUUCUCGAGGGCAAGUGA